CUUGCGCUAGCAUGCCACCCCAGCCUAGCCUAGCCUCUGACUGGCAACCGACAAAUCACUCUCAAUUACACCGGGUGGGAAAACACGGCCAAACUGUCCCACCAGCAAAGCAACCAUGACUCACAUUCAUACACCACUGCCCUCAACACAUACCUGUAAACAACAACACAAAACAUAAAUGCUGUGCUGCAGAUCUGGGUUGUCUGUCUGCUUUUUCAUGGUACAGCAGAAGCUGCUUAUUCUACGUGGCAGCGGCCUAAGUCCCUUGAGAGCAACUCCCUCUUGUGGCGGGCUGUAUGAAUUGCAUCUAAAGCAAAUCUCACUGUGUGGCUCAGAAAUAAUGUACAGUAGGAGAAAAGACAAGAAAAUAAUAAAAAAAGGAAACUGAAGAUGAAUAGCACAAUAUUAUUACCAAUUAAAUACAUUUUGAAGGGGUGGCCUAUUUUACAUCAGUAUUUUCAUAUCCCCACAUGUGCUCGUAGGAAGAGCGAGAAGAGGAACACCAAGAGUCUAGGAUUGAGAGUAGGGACUUUGAAUGUUGGAACUAUGACAAGAAAAGGUAGUGAGCUGGUUGACAUGAUGCAGAGGAGGAAGGUGGACAUACUGUGUGUCCAGGAGACCAGGUGGAAAGGUAGUAAAGCUAGAAGUUUAGGAGCAGGGUUCAAGUUGUUCUGCCAUGGUGUAGAUAGGAAGAGAAAUGGAGUAGGAGUUAUCUUGAAGGAGGAGUUUGUUAGGAAUGUCCUGGAGGUAAGAAGAGUGUCAGAUCGAGUGAUGAGCCUGAAGCUAGAAAUUGAAGGUGUGAUGUUCAAUGUUGUUAGUGGGUAUGCUCCACAGGUAGGAUGUGAGCGGGAGGAGAAGGAGAAAUUCUGGUUGGAACUUGAUGAAGUGAUGCAGAGCAUCCCUAUAAGUGAGAGAGCUGUCAUUGGUGCAGACUUCAAUGGACAUGUUGGUGCAGGAAACAGAGAUGAUGAGGAGGUCGUGGGCAGGUUUGGUAUCCAGGAGAGGAAUGCAGAAGGACAGAUGGUGGUUGACUUUGCAAAAAGGAUGGAAAUGGCUGUAGUGAAUACUUUCUUCCAGAAGAGACAGGAACAUAGGGUGACCUAUAAGAGUGGAGGUAGGAGCACACAGGUAGACUACAUCUUGUGUAGACGGUGUAAUCUGAAGGAGAUCAGUGACUGCAAAGUAGUGGCAGGUGAGAGUGUAGCCAGACAGCAUAGGAUGGUGGUGUGUAGGAUGACCCUGGAGGUGAAGACGAUGAAGAGAGCAAAGGCAGAGCAGAGGACCAAAUGGUGGAAGCUGAAAAAGGAAGAGUGUUGUAUGACUUUCAGGAAAGAGUUGAGACAGGCUUUGGAUGGUCAGGAGGUGCUUCCAGAUGACUGGACAACGACAGCAAAUGUGAUCAGGGAGACAGGUCGGAGAGUACUUGGUGUGUCAUCUGGUAGGAAAGGGGAUAAGGAGACUUGGUGGUGGAAUGAGGAGGUACAGGAGUGGAUCCAGAGAAAGAGGUUAGCUAAGGAGAAGUGGGACACUGAGAGGACUGAAGAGAGUAGACAGGAGUACAGGGAGAUGCAGCAUAAGGUGAAAGUAGAGGUGGCAAAGGCCAAGCAAGGGGCUUACAAUGACUUGUAUGCUAGGUUGGACAGUAAGGAGGGAGAGACUGACCUGUAUAGGUUGGCAAGGCAGAGAGACAGAGAUAGGAAGGACGUGCAGCAGGUUAGGGUGAUAAAGGAUAAGGACGGAAGUGUGUUGACAGGUGCCAAUAGCAUGAUGGGAAGAUGGAAAGAGUACUUUGAAGAGUUGAUGAAUGAGGAAAAUGAGAGAGAACGAAGAGUAGAAGAGGUGACUGUUGUGGACCAGGAAGUAGCAAAGAUUAGUAAGGAUGAAGUGAGGAGGGCAUUGAAGAGGAUGAAGAGUGGAAAGGCACUUGGUCCUGAUGAUAUACCUGUGGAGGUAUGGAAGUGUCUCGGAGAGAUAGCAGUAGAGUUUCUGACUGGGUUGUUCAACAGGAUCUUAGAUAGUGAGAAGAUGUCCGAGGAGUGGAGGAGAAGUGUGCUGGUGCCCAUCUUUAAGAACAAGGGAGAUGUGAAGAGUUGUGGCAACUACAGAGGAAUAAAGUUGAUGAGCCACACGAUGAAGCUAUGGGAAAGAGUAGUUGAAGCUAGACUAAGGGCAGAGGUGAACAUCUGUGAGCUGCAGUAUGCUUUCAUGCCAAGAAAGAGUACAGCAGAUGCAAUAUUUGCUUUGAGGAUGUUGAUAGAGAAGUACAGAGAAGGUCAGGAGGAGCUGCAUUGUGUCUUUGUAGAUCUGGAGAAAGCUUAUGACAGGGUGCCCAGAUAGGAACUGUGGUUUGUAUGAGGAAGUCUGGAGUGGCAGAGAAGUAUGUUAGAGUGGUGCAGGACAUGUAUGAGGACUGUAAGACAGUGGUGAGGUGUGCUGUAGGUGUGACAGAGGAGUUCAAGGUGGAGGUGGGACUACAUCAGGGAUCAGCUCUGAGCCCCUUCUUGUUUGCUAUGGUGAUGGACAGGAUGACAGAUGAGGUUAGACAGGAGUCUCCAUGGACUAUGAUGUUUGCAGAUGACAUUGUGAUCUGUAGUGAGAGCAGGGAACAGGUGGAGGAGAAGCUAGAGGCGUGGAGGUUUGCCCUGGAAAGGAGAGGAAUGAAGGUUAGUCGCAGUAAGACGGAGUAUCUGUGUGUGAAUGAGAGGAACCCAAGUGGAAGAGUGAGGUUACAGGGAGAAUAGAUCAAGAAGGUGGAGGAUUUUAAGUACUUAGGGUCAACAGUACAGAGCAAUGGAGGGUGUGGAAAAGAGGUGAAGAAGCGUGUACAGGCAGGCUGGAACGGCUGGAGAAAAGUGUCAGGUGUGAUGUGUGAUAGAAGAGUUUCAGCUAAAAUGAAAGGAAAGGUUUACAAAACUGUGGUGAGACCAGCCAUGUUGUUUGGUCUGGAAACAGUGUCCCUGGGUAAAAGACAGAAGGCAGAGCUGGAGGUAGCAGAACUAAAGAUGUUGAGGUUCUCUUUGGGAGUGACCAGGAUGGAUAGGAUCAGGAAUGAGUACAUCAGAGGGACAGCACAUGUUAGAGCCUUUGGAGAUAAAGUCAGAGAGGCCAGACUGAGAUGGUUCGGACAUGUCCAGAGGAGAGAGAGUGAAUAUAUUGGUAGAAGGAUGCUGAGUUUCCCUCUGCCAGGGAGUAGGCCUAGAGGAAGACCAAAGAGGAGGUUUAUGGAUGUGGUUAAAGAGGACAUGAAGGUAGUUGGUGUGAGAGAAGAGGAUGCAGAAGACAGGGUUAGAUGGAGGCAAUUGAUUCACUGUGGCGACCCCUGAAGGGAAAAGCCGAAACGAAAAGAAGAUCUUCAAUGAAAAAAAUGCAUUUCUUUUAAAACUAAGGACAUUUCUCAGUGACCCCAAACUUUUGAACACAUAUUGAGCUGGGUUCUGCUCGAAGUUUUUUUCCCUUGUUAAAAGGGUGUUUUUCUUGCCACUGUUGCUUUAGGGCUUGCUCUAGGGGUCCGGCAAAUGGGUUGUGUAAAGCGUCUUA